AUGGCGAUGUUGGACGAGGUGGUCGCCGACGAGGAGAAGAGAAGACAAGCCCGAUGGAAUCUCAAGCGGGCCAUGCACGACAGAAGAAUCGCAGAUAUCGAGCGGGCCCUCAUUGCGGGUGAGGAAUGCUGCUUGUACCCGAUGGAGCUGGAACAUGCAAGACACACGCUAGUGGAGGCCAAGAAGGCAGAUGCCAAUCAGAAGCUCGAUCGAGCUUUGGCAAGUGCUGAUGUGGAUGCCAUUUGCGAUGCCAUCAAUCAAGCUGCUUAUGCUGACGUCAAUCCCGCCAGACUGCAGGCAGCCGAAGCAUCUCUGGAGAUGCUGAAGCGUCAGCAAGACGCCCGAAUGCUGGUUUCCCAGGCGCAACGGUCAGGUGACAUCUUAUUAUUGCAGCAGGCCAUCGAAGAUGCCACUGUAAUGGGUCUGAUGGACUCAGAGCUGACCGCAAUCAAGCGGAAGGUCCAGAGACUGGAAAUCCAGGCAGAUGAGGUGAGGAAGCUUGAGGUUGCGAUACAAGGCAAGUCAAUCAUGGGGCUACGAGCAUGUCUGCUCUCAGCUGCUGCAGCAGGACUUCCAGCCACUGAUCUGGACAGAGGGCGAGUAGUUCUCCGGCAGGAGGAGAAGAAGGCUGCUGCCCGAAUCGUGCUCAAGGAUGCACGCCUGGGCAAAAAGGCCUCUGCUGAAGGCCGCGUCCAAGACCUCCGCGAGGCCAUACAAGGAGGCAAAGCUGCAGGAAUGACGGCUGAGGAGCUUCAGCCAUUCGAUACAGCGCUGGAUCAGUUGCGACAGGAGGUUGCUGCCAGGCAGACGCUGAAAGAGGCGGUAGAGAUUGCAACAAUUGAUGUCUUGAUGCCGGCUAUUGAUGCAGCGAGAGCCGCCGGCAUUGAUGAGGAGGAUCUGGCGAUUGCGAAGCUCCUGGUUGAAGAUGCCUACAAGCCAGCAGCACGCGCAAAGCUGAAAGAGGCUGUUCAGAAGAGAGAUAUACCCACACUACUGGCGGCCAUCGAGCAUGCCAAGGUCGUGGGCCUGUCCGUGAUGGCCAUUGCCGAGGCAUCAGAGGUCUUGAAGGAGGAGGAGCUGAAAGUGCAACUUCGGAAGCGGAUCCUGCGGCUCGACCGAAGUCUGAACCAGCAGGAGCUCCGAGCAGCGAUCAACAUCUCAGAAGUUAACGGCCUGACAAAAGCUGAACUGGCUCCUGCUCGCCGGCAGCUGGCAGAGCUGGAGCAGCAAGCCGCUGCCACGACGAGACUCUCUACAGCCAUCGAGGCUGGAGAGAUCGUUGAAUUGCAGGCUGCUAUCAGAGAUGCCCGCGCCCUCGUUCAGAAAGUGCUCACACCAUGUGUGGCCGAGGAGCUCAUCCAAGAUGCAGAGAAGGCCUUGAGAAAGGAGAUUGAGCAGGCGGCACGAGACAUGCUCUAUGACUCAAUCAAGCGCUGCAGUGGAGCGGCGGCAGUUUCCCGAAGCAAAGAUCUGCCUGAAGAAGGCGGAGAGCAGCUUAAUGCCAAAGCGGCUUUGCAGCAGCGACGCAGGAGCCAGGCGAACUUCGAAGCCGCUUUGCAGGCCAUCGGCGUGGAUGUGGGAUCCAGACCCGGGUCCCGAGACGCGCCUCCAGCUGCCGGGCGGCGAGCCUCAGGUCUUGGCAAGAGACGGAUGUCGGCCAUGUACGGCGGUCCAGCGGUGGGAGGAGCAUCUGGAGUUGGCGACGCAUACUUCGAGAGGAUGGAGACAAUCAAGACGGCUAUCAGGGGUGCAGAGGCUCUGGAACUUGACGAGACGGACAUCCUUCCAGCACGAGAGGCACUUGCCGAACAAGAGAAGAAGCUCCAAGCAUGUGCAGCCUUGGCGCAAGCGCGGAAGCUAAAGAGUCUGCAUCACAUCAAGGAAGCUCUUGAAAAAGCACAGGAAGCUGGCCUCUCACACAUGGAAAUGAAGCAGACCAUCGAUGCGCAGAAGGAGAUCAAGAAACAGGACGAGGCCGCAGAGAAGCUAGAAGAUGCCGUCGAUGCUCGGGAUGCCGAGAAGCUUCGAUGGGCCAUAAAAUGGGCCAAGGAUGCUCGAGUGGAUGAAGACGACAUAGCAGAUGCCGAGGAGGUCUUGCAAGAGUUGGAGUGGAGGGAAACUGCGCUCGCGAAGCUGAGAGCAGCACAAGAAUCCAGAAACGUAGAGGAACUGAUGGAGGCCCUCAAGUUUGCACAGGAUUUGGAGGAGGAAGAGCUGGAACCGUAUGAGGAGGCCCUCCUGGAGUUGCGCCAGAAACAAGCCCGAGUUGAACUGGCGAAGGCAAUUGAGCAGAGGGACAUAGCCGCUUUGAAAGAAGCCUUGAGGUUGGCAGAGUCAGUUGAGGACAUGGAGGACUCGGAAGAAGCAGCAGAAGGACAUCGAGUUCUUGCCGAGGAGCUGGUGCUGCAGGCUUUGACUGGACAAGUGGCCGCCCACAAGCUACGAGCAGCUGUGGAAGAAGCUUUAGAGUGGUCUCCUGAUUUCGAUCGACUGGAGGGUGCGAAGAAGAUUCUCGCAAAGGAAGAGAAGCAAGAUGCUGCACGAGCUGCGAUGCAAGGCGCUCUAAUGUCCAGAGAUGCGACAGAGCUCGCCGCUGCCAUAAGGCACGGCAGAGAGGCCGGACUGGAGGCAGUGAUUCCACUGCUGCCAGUGUUAAAUGUCUUUGACGUUGCAAUUUUGUUCGAGCAUUGUCAGUGCUAUUCUCUCGGAUGA